AUGGCAUCCUCCCGCGCCUGGACAUUCACCAACCGCGGCAACCCCCGCUCCGUCCUCUCCCUCGCCUCCCGGCCGGCCCCGACUCUCCCCCCUUCGCCCCAGCUCCUCGCAAAAGCCAAACCCGUCCCUGAAGCAGAAGACGGGAACCAAUGGCUUCUCAUAAAAGUCGCACACGCCGCCCUGAAUCCGGGAGGUCGCCUCUACAUCACCACGUUGCCCGGCGUCGCACGGGCGAAGACGGCGGUACCGGAUUGGGAUCUGAGCGGGACCGUGACGGAUGUGUGGAGCCCCGGAUCCGGGUCCGGGUCCGGACCGAACGGAGGAACAACCUCGACGGCUACCAACACCACCAUCAGCCCAACUCCACCCCUUACCGCAGCGGUGAAGAGUAAUUCACGCUUUUCCCAGGGAGACCGCGUCGCAGCCUUCAUUCCCAUAUUUUACGGCUGGCCAACCGGCACUGGCGCUCUGGCAGAACACGUCGUCCUCCCCGCGCGCUAUGCCGUCCGCGUCCCAUCCCACAUUUCCCUCAGGGACGCGAGUUGCAUGAUGACGGCAGGCUGCACCGCCGCCGUGAUGCUCCGCACUACAGGGCUGAAAGAGGGCGACAGGGUUCUCGUCAACGGGGCCAGCGGUGGUAUCGGGUCUCUGGCCUUGCAGAUGGCUCGCGCGGUCGUAGGGCCGGGGGGCUACGUCGUCGGCGUCUGCUCGGGAAAGAAUGCAGAGAUGUUCCUCGGUCUGGGAGCCGACGAGGUCGUGGACUACACCGCCGCCUCUCCGUCGUCGCCCGCGUCGAGGGCGUUGGUGGAAAAGUUUGGGGGAGAGGGGAAAUGGUUUGAUGCGGUCGUCGACUGCGUCGGUGUGCAGGACGUGUACGUCAACUGCGCAAAGUACCUCGUCCCCGAGGGAAUUUACUGUGCGGUGGGUAUCAAGCCGCCCAGCCAGUCCUACGGGGCUCUCCUGAAGGCGGUUUGGCAGAUGCAGAUGAAUGCCCUCUGGCCCCGUUCGACUUGGUUGGGCGGCACGGGGAGGCGGUGGGUUGCUGUAGCUAUGAUGGAUCCCGGGAAGGCCUUGAUGGAAGAGGUUGUUGCCAUGUUGGCGGAUGGGAGAGUCAAGGCAGUCGUGGAGAGAGAGAUUGGGUUUGAGGAGGCUGUGGACGGAUACGAGACCGUCGGUAGUGGCAGGGCACGGGGAAAGGUUGUUAUCAACGUCGAUGGACAUUAA